CCACAUUUUCUACCUCUACUCCUGAUUCAUCAAAACCUACAGGUACCUUGAACAGCACUGUUACUGAAGGGAAUGAAAUUUCUGCUUCCACAUCAAGGCCUAGAGAAUCCUUAAUCACUUCUGGUGGUGACGGACACAUGACCACAUCUUCUCCUCCAGGAUCCACUUUCUACACAACCUCCACAGAGGCGUCUACACCAUCAUUCUCUACCCCUUCUUUGCAUAGUACAUACAAUGCAAGUCCUUCCCCAUCAAGCCCCAGUGAGACCUCCACCCACAUUGUGGUCUCAGAACAUAUCACCAUGACUGCCAAAGAGGAGUCAACUUCUGGCUUUUCUCCUCCUCUGUCCUCCACUUCACCUGGCUCCACUGGUGCUCCAGUCCCUGGUUUCAGUACCACUUCAACUCUGCGUCCCCCACUCACUGGUACACACACAGCUGUGAUGACAACCCCCUCUCCAGCUCUGACACCAAGGCAGUGCUACAAUGGGGCCACUUGGAACGGAGAAAAAUGUGCCUGUACCCAAGGCUACUUUGGUUACCAGUGUCAAUCCCUCUUGGACUACUUCUUCAUAGAAACCCCGAAAAAAAUCAAUGCCACUGUAGAACUGAGAGUGAAAGUAACUAACAGAAAUUUCACAGAAGACUUAAAUAACAUAUCCUCCCAUACAUACCAGAAUUUUGUUCAACUAUUCAAGAGUCAGAUGGAUAAAUCUUACAGGAGCAAAGACUUUCCACAAUACAGAGGCGUGAUCAUUAGGAAACUACUCAACGGCAGCGUCAUGGUGGAACAUGAAGUCGUCAUGGAGGCAGACUUCACUUCAGAGUUUCAGGAGCUGUUUGCAAACCUCACUAAGAUCAUAAAGGCCAAGGUUAUGAAUGAGACCGGAAAGCUACUCAGUGAUUCUGAAACGUGCGAAAACAUCUCACGCCUGUGCUACAGUGAGAAGGACACCUUCGUGAAUGAGACCGUGAAGCUCGGCUUUGACCUGCAAGAGCAAUGCACUCAGAAUGCUGCGAAGGAAUUCACCCAAUUCUACUAUGUGGAUGAUCUGGAUGGGAAGCUGGCCUGUGUGACCAAGUGCACCCAGGGGACGAAGUCGCAAAUGAACUGUCACCACGGCAGGUGCCAGCUUCAACGAAGUGGCCCCCAUUGUCUGUGCCUGAACUCGGACACGCACUGGCACUGGGGAGAAAGCUGCAAAUUUAGCACCAGCAAGAGCAUGGUGUAUGGGAUCGGAGGGGCCGUGGUGGUGCUACUGGUGGUCUCGGUGGUGGUCCUGGCCAUCUUACUCAGCCAAUCCCAGAGAAAACUGCACAGGCAAGAGAACAACCUGUCUCGAGACUGGCAAGAAGAAGAUGUCCCUGGCAAUUUCCAGAACACAGGCGUCUGGGAAGGUCAGAAUAUGCAGGGGGACACGUUUGGCCUUGAAAAUGUCUACAGACACUUCCAGCCUUCCCUGCAGAAUGUGGACCCCACCACAGAGCUCCACAUUCAGAGGCCCACGGUGGUGACAACUGCUCAGUGAGGGGGACGUGGGCUCUCAUCCCUCACCCAGAUCUGGACGACGAGGUAGCGGCCGACAGAGCCCUCCCCAGGCCCCGGGGCCGCCAAGAGGAAUCAGACGUCAGGGCCCGAGGAUGGUCCUCCCAGGGCUACUGGCUUUGCCCCAUCCGCGCUGUCGGGACCACACUCUGCUCCCAUGCCCUCCAUCCAGGAGCCCCAAGGCAUCUUGUUUGCUCUAUGGUGACACCCACUCUGGAA